AUGUACUACUCAAAGCUUAGGCACUCGUUCCUUUCUCGUUCAGCUUACUCGCUUGGAAAUCGUUUGGGAUUAAAUGCAAAUUUUCAAUAUAUUUCUUCCCGAGCUCAAAGCUCCAAAGUACGAGGAAGUGUGAUUGGGAUCGAUUUAGGAACAACUAAUAGUUGCGUAGCAGUUAUGGAAGGAAAGACACCUCGCGUAAUUGAGAAUGUUGAAGGUGGUCGUACUACACCUUCUGUCGUUGGCUUCACGAAAGAAGGUGAAUUAUUAGUUGGUUUACCUGCUAAGCGUCAGGCUAUUGUAAAUCCAGAAAAUACUUUCUUUGCUACAAAGAGAUUGAUCGGUCGUCGAUUCAAAGAUCGUGAAGUACAACAAGAUAUAGGUCAUGUUCCAUAUAAAAUCAUUGAACAUUCAAAUGGUGAUGCAUGGUUAGAAUCUCGAGGAAAGAAAUAUAGCCCUGCACAAAUAGGUGCUUUUGUUGUUGGAAAAAUGAAAGAAACUGCAAGUUCUUAUUUGGGAAAAUCUGCGGAUAAUGCGGUCAUCACUGUUCCUGCAUAUUUCAAUGAUUCUCAACGUCAAGCUACUAAAGCUGCUGGACAAAUAGCUAAUCUUAAUGUAUUACGUGUGAUCAAUGAACCUACCGCUGCAGCACUUGCUUAUGGUCUAGAUAAAAUUGGUGAUAAAGUUAUUGCAGUUUAUGAUUUGGGUGGUGGCACAUUUGAUAUCAGUAUAUUAGAAAUUCAAAAGGGAGUUUUUGAAGUAAAAUCAACAAAUGGAAACACUCAUUUGGGUGGUGAAGAUUUUGAUAGCACUUUGGUUAAAUAUUUGGUUGAUUCAUUUAAAAAAGAGCAAGGAAUAGAUAUAUCAAAGGAUAACAUAGCUAUCCAGCGAAUUCGCGAAGCAGCUGAAAAAGCUAAAAUUGAACUUUCAUCUACUAUACAGACAGAUAUAAACCUUCCAUAUAUUACUGCUGAUGCUACUGGACCUAAGCAUAUCAACAUGAAGCUUACUCGUUCUACAUUUGAAGCUCUCACAAAGGGACUUGUUGAUAAAACUGUUGAACCUUGUAAGUUGGCUUUGAAAGAUGCUAAUGUUGAAACUAAAGAAAUCAGCGAAGUUAUACUGGUCGGUGGUAUGACACGUAUGCCAAAGGUUAUCGAAACGGUAAAAGCAUUAUUUGGUCGUGAACCUUCAAAGAGUGUUAAUCCUGAUGAAGCUGUCGCUAUUGGAGCUGCAAUUCAGGGCGGUGUACUUGCUGGAGAAGUUACAGACAUUUUAUUAUUAGACGUAACGCCACUGUCACUUGGAAUCGAGACUCUUGGUGGAGUAUUCUCUCGUCUAAUUAAUCGAAACACGACAAUUCCUACCAAAAAAUCGCAAGUAUUUUCAACUGCCGCAGAUGGCCAAACAAGGGUUGAAAUUAAGGUUUAUCAAGGUGAAAGAGAAUUA